AUUAAUUUAUUAAAUUAUUUAUUGUUUCCUUCCCUUUCCUUUAAUCCAUUGUCAUUCUGUAGCUGAAAUAGCAACUAAGUGCGUUUACUUGGUAGUGACUCAGUGAGUUACACUUCACAAAUCUCAACUCGUCUAAGCUUCAAACAUGGUCAGAAAACAUGGCUGGCAAUUACCUGCACACACUUUUCAGGUUGUUGCAAUCACUGUAUUCUGCUUGUUGGUGAUUGCUUUCUAUGCUUUCCUUGCACCGUUUGUUGGAGGUCAUAUAUGGGAAUACACCUUUAUUGGUGUCUACUCUCCUGUGGCACUCAUUGUUUUCAUUCUCUAUGCUAGAUGUACUGCAAUUAACCCUGCAGAUCCUGGCAUUAUGUCUAAAUUUGACCCUAGAGUGGGAAAUACGUUCGACCCUGCCCAUGGGUUGUUGGGCAAGCAUCAAUCUUCUGAACGCGGUGAUGUUGCUGCAGGAGAGCAUUCCUCCCUGUCAUCUGCUGCUUCCAAAAGGUCUAUGACAAAUAUGAGCAAGAAAAGUUCAGUGGAAGAUCCUGACAGGGUCGAUGAUUUGAGAAAUCAGUAUAAACCAAGCUCAUGUGAUGUAAUUGGGGGAAUUUGCUGCAUAUUAUUUUCUCAUGAAGAUUGCCGGAAACAGGAAACAGCUGAUGAGCAGGGCGGUGGGGAAGAUGCUCUGUUCUGCACUUUGUGCAAUUCUGAGGUGCGCAAGUUCAGUAAACAUUGUAGAAGUUGCGAUAAAUGUGUUGAUGGCUUUGAUCACCAUUGUCGGUGGCUUAACAACUGCGUGGGUCAGAAAAAUUACCAUUCUUUUAUUUCUCUUAUGGCCUUUAGUCUUACAUGGCUUGUUAUUGAAGCUGGAGUCGGUAUUGCUGUUUUAGUGCGUUUCUUUGUUAACAAGAGAGGAAUGGAAUCUGAAAUCAUUGAUAGACUUGGAAAUGGAUUCUCUCGUCCCCCGUUUGCUGCAGUUGUGGUUGUGUGUACUGCAGUUUCUGUCUUGGCUUGUGUGCCUUUGGGUGAGCUUUUCUUUUUCCACAUGAUCCUAAUCAGGAAGGGUAUCACAACAUAUGAGUAUGUUGUAGCAAUGAGAGCCAUGAGUGAAGCACCUCCAGGGGCAUCUGUGGAUGGGGAUUUGCCAAAUAUACUUUACUCUCCAACAGGCUCAGCCACAACUGGAUUGAGUGGAGGAAGUUCUCUUGGAUUGCAGUACAAAGGGGCAUGGUGUACCCCUCCUAGGGUAUUUGUGGACUAUCAGGAUGAAGUUGUGCCUCACUUGGAGCCCGGAAUGCUGCCAUCAACUGUUGAUCCAGAUGCAGCUGGGUUUGCAGAAAGAGGGCAAAAGAUGCCAAAAAGGCCUGUUCGUAUUAGUGCUUGGAAGCUUGCUAAAUUGGAUUCUCAAGAGGCAGUGAGAGCAGCUGCUAAAGCCAGGGCAUCUUCUUCCGUUUUGCGACCUGUAGAUAGCCACCGUCCACCCGAUGCAGAAUUAAGCUCUAGUGGAAACAUGAGCAUCAGAAGUAGUAUGAGCAUAGAUACUGGAAAUAAUAAGGAAGUAAACAAGUUAAGAUUGUCUCCAGUGAGGAAUUUGAUUGCCCCUAGUCAAGGGAGCCGUGACGAGUAUGAAACUGGAACUCAAAGUAUGAGUAGUUUCAGUAGUCCAAGCCAUGCUCAAGAGGCAGUUACACUAAGCCCUCUUCCACAGGGACGUACUUUGGGCGGCUUCAGGACCGGUAUUUCAGUUCCUAGUUUGGUGCCUGAGCGUCCUUUAACUUCUAAAGCAACAUUGCCAAACUUCAGGAACCCAAUAUCCAAUCCAUCUCUUGGAUUUGAUGCAACAAUGAUGCUGAAGGGAGCAAGUAAUGACCCGUUACUGCUUUCAGCUUCCAGCACGUCCAUUCUAAGAGAUGUGAAACGGACAUCAGUUGUUUGGGAUCAAGAAGCCGGCAGAUAUAUCUCAGUUCCUUCAUUGCCUUCAGAAGCUCGAAAUAGGCCAUCUCUGCAAAUAGAAAUGCCAAAUUUAAAUACUGAUACAAGCAAUAUUGGAAGGAAACCAGUGAUACCUCCACAGGAACCGGUGUCAUCUGCACCUAAAUCUCCAAGGCAGCAUGCACAGAAUCUGACGUAUACAGGAGAGUCUAUCUUUUUUGGUGGUCCAUUUUUGAGUGUGGCUGCUAAAGAUGGUUUGAGAAAUGAAAGAAAUUUGGGAUCAGUAGAGGCCCAUGAUAGCAUAGCAGUAAACUUACUCCAAGAGCCAAGGUAUAGAAGAGAUUCACAUUCAAAUCAACUUCCAGUGUUUGUUCCUGGUGGUUUUGAUAAUGCUCUUCAACCUCGGUCCGACAUGAAUUAGCUUAAGAUGUUUGAGAUUCUUAUGAGUUGGACACAGUCUAUGUUGGGGUCAAGAGGAUAGCGAAGGUUUUUUUAUGCUAAAAUGAUCCUGCAGACACCAUGAUGGAUUGUGGCCUUUCUGUCUAUACAUUAUGGUGCGCAACAACAUUCUCGACUCAAUCAACUAAACGGUUUGUAUAUCAAAUCAACAUUUAGGUUUGACAUCUGUCAUCUGACAGCCUGUAUGUUUGAGCUACAUCUCAAUGCUACUGAGCUUUUGAAAGAAUGAGCUCCAUUCUUCCUUCUGCUAAACAUUCCUUGAGAACAGUGAAUCUUCCGUUGUGGUAGAUGAAAUCUCAAAGCAAAAUCGCAUGACACUUCAUUAUUGUAGUUUUGUUUCUGUAGAUGUUAAAAGUGAGUGCAUUUUAAAGUACAGUGUUUUGAGCAAAAAAAUUAAUCAUUUAGAUUUAGGUAAAAUAUUUCAUUUUUAAAUACAUUAAGGGACAUUUCCACCUAUCAAAUGAUUUGAUGUUUACAUA